AUGUCGGACGAGUCACAUAGACGCCGUGCUAAGAAGGUGAAAACACGAACUGGCUGUUCUAACUGCAAGAGACGCAAAGUGAAGUGCGAUGAACAGCUUCCGGGAUGUAAGAGGUGCGCGAAAAUUGGCGUCGAAUGUCCCGGCUAUUAUAAGCCUGUGAAAUGGUCAGUCAAGUAUGAGAGACACAUGGUUAUUUCAUCACCGACUGCCGGAAACUCCUUUCAUUGGGUUGAAUCAGGUGCCAAUAAUCUAUCAAGCUCUAUGCAGCUGAAAUCAGGCCCUGGAAGCGGCAAGACUCAGAACGACAACGACUCCGAAGUACGAGCACCUCGUUCUUUCACGCAAGGUUCUCGUUCGACUUUAUCUGAUGCCAGGGAGCACUUGGAGGACAUGUUAGAAAUACAACCACCAUCGAUGUCGAAUUCAGAUCAACCUUCGACAUUGUGCGACGAUGUCCAAGUGGAUGAACAAUGCCCUCUUGCGCUCGAUGCCUUAUAUGAUGACUCUUUUUGCCUGAUGUCCUACACACCAACUCCACAGACAUCACUCAUCCUGGAUCACUACUUUACGACAGUUUGCCAUUUCAACUCAUCCUUCGACUCGGCGAAUAACCCGUUCCGAUCAGAAGUUGCCAGAAUGAUGGCCGACUCACCCCUACUCUUCAGUUGCGUGCUCAGCAUGUCAGCAGCUCAUUUGUACCAAGGCGACAAAAACAGCAGCCAUGUUCCAUUGGAGUUCCAGACUGAGGCAAUGUCACAUCUGUCGCAGACAUUGUCCGAACUUCCGAUAAGCAAGGAAUGCGCGGUACAUGAUAACCGACCUACAGCCUUGGUAUCUCGGGAGAGGAUUCUGAAUGUUUCCGAUGACUUACUCUUGAGCAUUAUAUUCCUGGGAAUGACUGCGGCUUGGCAUGAUGUCUCUGCAACUGGUCUGCCGCAUCUUCAUGGGUCACGACAACUAUUCAAAUCAUGGGUAGUAUUCAACAAACUCACAGACAUGGACAACAGAAGACAAAUGACAAGAACACAAACAUUCGUGGUCUCAUCUAUGGUAUAUUGGGAAGCUAUGAGCUCAGCGCUCUUCGACCAGCAGUACGAAGGCUUAUCACAUCUCAACAUCUUUUGUGAUCCCCAUCCCCCAGCACUUAUUCAGCCUUGUCCAUGGACUGGCAUUGCAACGCCCAUCUUUGUGUUCCUUGCAAAUACACUGACACUGGUGCGGAACAACCAGGCUUUGAAGAGCUUGCGGGUUUUUGAGUCUGGAGAGAGUCAUCGGAAGGCCCUGUACGCUGAGUUACUUGCCAAGGCAACUAGUCUUGAGCGCGAGAUUGUGGAGUAUCGCCUGCCCUUUGUUGGUCUUAUUGACAACAUCGGAGAUCCAUGCACAACGCCUGAUCACUUGCUGGCUAUUUCUCGCUGUUAUCGUAUGGCUGCCCUAUUAGAGCUCUAUUCUGCAUUCCCAGAGACAACAGGGAGAGAGGAGAUGCCAGACGGUGUUAUUGAUCUGCCUCAUGGCGAUGACGGGACACGCCUAGUCAUGGGACUGGCAUUUAGCAUAUUGGAAACAUUGGAAAAGAUUCCGGAUGACUCAGGGACAAUAUCGAUACAGCUCCUAUCACUACUGAUUGCUGGUAGUGUACUGGGGCCUGUCUGUGCAAAAGGAGAAGGUCUAGGAUCGAAGAGAUUGGAAACACUUCGUCUGCGGACAUUUGUUCGACAGCGGAUUCACAAGAUGUAUGCGGCUGUUCGUUUGGGGCCAAUUGGAAACGCCAUGCUUAUACUAGAGGAGGUUUGGGCGCUGCGAGGUUGCUCAGCCUCGGAACGUCGGAAUGACCACUUUGGCCAUCUUAUCAGCAACCUCGUACAUUUUGUCCCAAUCAGGAAAUGUGCCCAUGAGACCUCCAGUGCAUUUAAGAUGGCCAUGUUUCUAUCAAUGAACCUGAGCAUAUCAUCACAAAAUUCUCUUGUCAUCAGCAUCGCACUAGUCAUUAUGCCGACUUCAAAAGAAGGUUAUCUCUGGACCCCCAACGGCCUCACAACUGGCCUUGAAACAGACUCUGUUAUCAACGGUACACCCGAGUCGGCACUCCUUGACAAGUAUGAUGUUGUUGUAAUUGGAACUGGCUUUGCUGGACUUAUCGCUGCUCGGAAUAUCGGUCUUACCACCGGUAAGGUUCUUCUUGUCGAAGGCCGCGAUCGCAUCGGCGGAAGAACAUGGACUGCCAAAACUUUGGGUGAGGAGUUUGAGAUGGGAGGAACAUGGGUUCAUUGCAACCUCAAGACCUCAUCAGGAACAGCAGACGCCAAGUACACGGCUUAUACUGCAAGCUUUGCUGGCCCAAACAAGCUUGAUACGAAAGAGACAAACCAAGUAGUCCAGAAAGUAGCUGAUGCUUUCUUCGCCAUUGACGGCUUGACCAGUUACGAUUUAAUGCCAUAUCCCCACGAUCCAUUGCGCGAACCUGCGCUGUGGAAGAAAUAUGAGCAUCUCUCCGCCAAAGACCGCCUCGAUCAGUUGGACAUUCCCCAGUUCGAGAAGGACAUGUUUGAUGCCAUGAUCAGCUCUUUUGGCUCUGUGCCAGGUUCUCAAUGUGGCUUUGUUGAAGUGCUGCGAUGGUAUGCACUUGGUGGACAUUCAAUGGCUGGUGUUUUCGAGCGUGCUGGGCUCUGUAAGCUUGGAAAUGGCGGUAUGACAUCUUUGGCACUGGCAAUACUGUCUGAGUAUAGGGGACAUUUACUGUUCAAUACUGUGGUUGAGAAAAUCGACCAGAAAAGCAACGGGGUUACGUUGACUGCAAAGAAUGGUCGACGUAUCGAAGCCAAAUACCUGAUCUCGACUAUCCCGUUGAACUGCUUGUCGGAUAUCGCGUUCAAUCCUCCUCUCUCGCCACUCCGCCAAGAAGCUGUCAAGGCAGGUCAUAUCAACCAAGGUGCCAAGAUUCACUUCAAGUUGAAGCAAACCGAGCCCGGCUGGUUCGCUAUGGCAAGUGGCUACGGAAAUUCCCCCUGGUGUUUUGCAUUCUCUGACCACAAUGGCAACACUAACAAGAACAAUGGUACAUAUUGCAUUGGCUUUGGCUAUGGCGGGCAUCUCGCAGAUCCGCGAGCUAGCGGAGACAUCAUUGCAAGCUUUAAGGAAUACAUUAAACCUGAUGCGGAUGUUGAAGCCUAUCUCACCCACGACUGGAUGAACGAUGAUCUCGCGAAAGGGACCUGGAGCUGCUGGGGACCUGGCCCAGUUAUGAGUCGUUGGCUCAAGGAGCUUCAGACGCCUCAUGGCAGAGUCUUUUUCGCCAGUGCUGACUGGGCUAAUGGAUGGAGGGGUUUUAUUGAUGGAGCUAUUGAAAGUGGUAUUACAGCAAGUGUUAGUGUUAUGAGGUCGUUAUGCUGGGAAGGCUAUUUGUUUAAACUUUAA